AAGGCGAUUCGUGGCUCGCGGGGACAGGCGCGCGUGCGCACUGCGCCGCCCUUCCCGGAGCCCGGAUCCCGGAUCCCGGAUCCCGGAUCCCGGAUCCCGGAGUCGUCCCGGCGCCCGCGAUCUCGCGAUCUUCCAAAGCGCCGCGUUUCUUCUCUUCCUGGGUGGGCGCACAGCAUGGCGGAAAACCGAGAGCCCCGCGGGGCCGUCGAGGCUGAGCUGGACCCGGUGGAGUAUACCCUUCGGAAGCGGCUCCCCCACCGCCUGCCCCGGAGGCCCAAUGACAUUUACGUCAACAUGAAGACUGACUUUAAGGCCCAGCUGGCCCGCUGCCAGAAGCUGCUGGACGGAGGGGCUCGGGGUCAGAACUCAUGCAGUGAGAUCUACAUUCAUGGCCUGGGCCUGGCCAUCAACCGUGCCAUCAACAUUGCCUUACAGCUGCAGGCGGGCAGUUUCGGGUCCUUGCAGGUGGCUGCGAAUACUUCCACCGUGGAGCUGGUCGAUGAGCUGGAACCAGAGACUGAUACACGAGAGCCUCUGACCCGCAUCCGCAACAACUCGGCCAUCCACAUCCGGGUCUUCAGGGUUGCACCCAAGUAGUGGAAACGAGGAUGGCCACCUUACCCGCCCACCCUCACAUAACUAGGCUCAGAUAUGGCUCUUCUUGUACAGAGGACUCUGAAUUGAGAGGGAGAGUAUUGUCUCUUGUUGGGCCCAAGCAGUGGGUCUUCCCAGUCUUUGUGGUCUGUAACCAUCGUCCUAGGCAAUAAAAACUACCAAGUUGUGUUAGCAUGCAGCCACCCCACUGCC